UUGAAUGUUGGCUACCAAACGACAAGCUCGAGACUUUCAAGUUACUUUGGUUUUGGAAGAGUUGAGACAGUUUCCUUUAAGUCAUGGAACGAUAUUUGCAAAGUGGAAGUUACAACCUCAAGUGGCAGAUCCUCACUUUGGUUUCACAAAGAGAACUCAAGUUGUAAGAAACACAGUUAUAUGGAACGAUAGAUUCACGUUUUCAGUAAAGUUGGGUGCUGCUGGCGAACGAGGUGAAGAGCUUCGUUCUUGUGGCUUGAGAAUUUCGAUUCGUGAGGAAAAGAACAUUGGUCAUAUAAGACAUGGAAUAAUAGAACUUGACUUGGCAGAAUAUGCAGGUUUACCUACUGUUCGCAAAAAUUUCUUGCUUCAAGAAAGUCGCACCAACGCUGUACUAAGUUUAUCUCUCACUUUGCGACAAACUUCUGGAGACCCGACUUUUAAAAGGCCUUUCAAGAGUGUCAAAGUCACUUUGCCGUCUUCUUCAGAUACACAAAACUCUUCGGUUAACGAACUACAGAGUAAUCCUGACAUUGAAGAAAUACAUGUAAAGAAGACUGAUAAGGAAUGGGUUGAAGUAGAAUCUACUCUAGUGGAUUCAAGUACCGCCGAAAAGAACUUUUUUUAUAUUUUGGAAAACAACACAGAAAACUCCUUGUUUUCCUAUGCAAAGAACAUUUCUGAGAAUAUGGAACAGUUAGAAUGGGAGCUGGAAGAAGAAAUUCCUGCACAUAUUCGAGCCACUCGAAUAGAUGCUGAGGCUUUGAUAGAGAAAAUUAUUAGAGAUGUGAUUCCUAAGAAGGCUUAUGAGGUGGAGGAGAUGAACUCAAGUAAACUGAGAGAAAACAAGUCGAGUAAAGCAACAAAUGAUAUGGACAACACGGGGAAUCAAGGUCACGAUUUGGAUAUUGGGUUAUUGAAGAAGACAAGAGAUUCUGGUAUAUUGUAUUCUGGUUUGUUUUAUUUUUGUGUUUUUAGACUUUUCUUAGGUGCGUUAUAUACUGGAAUUGGAUAAAGCGUAGAAAAUUCAAAAUCGAUUUGUGCAAAUUUUCCUU